AUGCUCGCGCUGCUCGAACGCUUCUUCUCAGAGGGCCAGCUCACGACGCUGGGGCUGGUCCUGCUCGUGAUCGAGGUCUUCCACGCCUACGCCCACGCCAACGUGCUCCUGCGACUCCAGGCGCCCACGCUCGAGCAGCUCAAGGCCCGGCGGUACUACUUCGUGUUCGACAUGGCCACCCCGCUCAUGGCCUACUGCCUGCACGAGAGCUGGGGUCCGUUCGUGCUCGUCCACGCCCUGGCCCACACCUACUACGUUUGGGCCUGGAACUCGGGGUACUACGCCGUGCGCAUCCGGGACUGGAGCGUGCGCGAGUACCGCGGUCCGCGCUUGACCGUCGACUUCGCGCUGACCUGCUUCGACAUCGCCGUCCACCUCCUCACGGCGCACGCCCUCUUCCGCACCUUCCUAACUCCUGCAAUGCCCCUCCUAUGA